AUGGGCUUCGUGUUAUCGGGUCUUUGGCCGGUGCGGAGUAAUGGAUCCCGAGCCUUUGGUCGGCACGAAACAGUCGGUCCCGGGUCUUUUGUCAGCACGAAACAGUUGCCUCUAAGACUCGCCGAGCAUGAGAAAUAUGACGGGGGUGAAAGCCUUGUCGAGAGACUUAUGCCUCCUCCCGUCCUGUUCGAGGAAGAAAUGAAGGUUUCCCGACAAAGGAAGGAACAUGCUAGUCGCUUUGUUAAAACAUACCAGGAGUCAACUGAUUACGACCCCAAUGAUGGUGAAAUUUCUCUUCAUAUGGAUGUCAUGGGCGACAUGAUGUCGUGUUCUGGAUCAUACCCAUCGACAAUCAUAGGGCUGACAUAUUGA